GGGCGUGGCCGGUAGCGGGGCCGCGCGGGAGUCCGGCGGGCGGUGAGGCGACGCCAGGCCGGGUCGGGAGAGGCGAGGCGAAGCGAGCGCCGCAGCGCAGCGACGGGAGCCCGGCGGCGGGAAGGAGUCUGCAGCAAUUGAGGAAUCGCACAGAGUUCAAGUUCAGAAGUGCUUUACACAUGAAAUCUACUGGCUCUCUAGCUGAUUCUGCCCUGUCACCAGCUCAACAGACAUUCAAGCAGGAUUUGCGAUCCCCAGCGCUCUCAUAAGAAGACAGUGGCUGCAGUGGCCUUGGAGGAACCUCAGCAUGGGGCUAUUUAACCUUAGACUUUGUGGAGUCUUGAGGAGUGGAGUUAGAGCAUUCUGAAGAGGGGAUGGGAGCUAGUGGUGCCAUUUGCCCAUCUCCAACUGAAAUGGUGUCAACGACAUCUUACUGAAGCUCCAGUUCACAUUUUUUCAUCAGCUAUUUGAAAACUGAUGAAUCAAUAAAGACCUUGUCAUGGUCUGACAUGAUAGCCUUUUCUGGUAAGGGGGAAGGGGCUGUAAAGAUGGCUUCUGUAAGAAGUUGCUUGCAACUCUCCCCAGCUCAGAGCCAGACCCACUUCUGGGGCUGAGCCAAUUAGACGUCUCCACGAUCACUUUUUUGAGAAGAAGCCGGAAGGGGAGGCCUCUUCCUCCAUCUUCUUUCUUUCUUCUGCCCCUUCUUCCUUCUUCUGGCUGGUGGUGGUGCACGGAGUAGGAACGGUGAGAGAAACAACCAUGCAGACUCCAAGGUCAGUGAUGCAAGAGAGGAGGAGGUGUGCUGGAGCAGAGACUCCCCUGCAUUCUAUGGAGAGACCUGGUGAAGCUGAGAUUUAUUUUCAUUUCUUUAAAGACCCCGCAUCAGCGGUAGAGACUCAUUUUGAUAAUGAGCCCACAUCAGGGGCAGAGACUUAUUUUGCUAAAGCUGACCCCGGACCAGGGGCAGCGAUUCACUUCAGUAAAGGCCCCGAGCCAGGGACAGUGACUAUGGCCGGAGGAGGCCGUGUUCCGAAGGAGGGGCCCUUUAUCACUAUGGCCGGAGCAGGCCUUGUCCCGAAAGAGGGACCCUGCAAAUGCAGAAACUGCAACCGCGGUGAAGAAUCCAAGCCAGAGAUAUUCACCAAGGACUGUGUCCCGUGUGAGGGAACCUGUAUCGGCAGAAGCCGCAGCUGCUGGGAACAACCCACACCAGAGAAGUUUAAGGACUGUGUUCCGAGGGAGGAACCCCGUGUUGGAGCAGGGGAAGAAUGCCAGGAGUCGUCCUCAUCUGAGAAGACAGAAGCGGCAGAGCCCAUCUGUGAGAGACUGACCACAUUCCCCACUCCCUGCCCCCCUGAGCCGUUGUGGGGGGAGGAGGGUAUGUCUACACAAAUGGUGCAGGAAAACACGAGCUCAGCUUGACCGUGUGCUAGGCAACACAUCCACCUUCUGCUGAAGCUGCAGCUCACUUCUGGACGCUUAAACUGAGCAGGGUGCUUUUUGCAAAAAUUGGAUUUACAGUCAUGGAGGAACAUCAGCAACAUUUACACUGCGUGAACUGUGUCAGCCGUCGUUGUAUGACCAGACCAGAGCUUGGCAUUUCCUGUGAUUUGAUUGGCUGCCCGUUGGUUUGUGGAGCAGUUUUUCAUUCAUGUAAAGCUGAGGAACACCGCAUGUUAUGUCCACUUGAAAGAGUGCCUUGUUUGAAUAGUGGCUUUGGAUGUCCCUUCAUAGUAGCCCGAAAUAAAAUUGCUGAUCAUCUAGAAGUCUGUCCUGCAAGUGUGGUAUGUUGUACCAUGGAGUGGAAUAGAUGGCCAGUCAGUUACGCAGACCGAAAAUCAUAUGAAAAUCUGAGUAAAGAUGUUGAUGAAGUAGAGCAACUAGAUAUGGCUUUAGCCCUUCAAGACCAGCGCAUGUUACUAGAAUCACUUAAAGUAGCAACUAUGAUGUCAAAAGCAGGUGAUCAAAUACCAGAAACCAGAGAGCAAACCUCUGUCAAAUCAAGUGCCCCAGAUACAGGGCAUUCAAAUGGUUUGAUGCCUGUAGAUGAAGAGUCCUAUGGUGCACUUUAUCAAGCUACUGUAGAAACAACGAGGAGUUUAGCUGCUGCUCUGGAUAUCCUGAACACUGCUACAAGGGACAUUAAUACAUUAAGUUCCAGGCUCUGCACUUUAUCACAUGAAAUGAAAGAAGACGCUGAGGUUAAAGAGCAAGCUUCAAAUGGCAUUAUUCGGGAUAAAAAGUGUGACGAUGAAUAUCCAGAUGAAGAUAAUGUAGGAGCAGUUGGGGGAAUUAACUUUGGUAGUCCAAGUCAAAAUUCACAAAUUGAGCAAAAUGGUUCUAGUGAUAUUUGCUACGAUGUGAUGCAAAAGCAUGACUUAAAUCUAAACCUCAGUAACUCUUCACUUGUGUGUAAUGGCUUUCAUGUAGAAAAUGAAUGUUCAAAGGUGUUGGACCAGAAUGAAGAUCUUGGUGUAUCUAAUGCAAAACCAUCCAGUGUAGCAAAUGGUGAAUGUACUGCAUCUCAUAAUGAUGAAGCUUUGGAGUCUUGCAGCUCCUUUCCUGUAACAGCACAACUUAAAGAAGUAAUAUCAGCAGAUCAUUUAGUUAAUGGCAAUGUUAAUCACGUACUACAUCCCCAUAAUGCUAAUGAAGAAGAAAUGUUAGAGAGACAAGUAGAGCAAGAAAGACUGAGAAACGUAGACGCGUUUUCACUUUUACGGCAUCGAUCAUACAAAUUCUUUGUUGACCACUUUUGGUCUACACCAAAAGAAGACAAAGCUGUUGAUACAUCAGAUUUGGAGAUAACAGAAGAUCCUAUGGGUCUUCAGGGGAUUGACCUAAUCACUGCAGCUCUGUUGUUUUGCUUAGGAGACUCUCCUGGAGGUCGGGGGAUAUCAGAAAGUCGCACUGUCGAUGUGUAUCACGUUGACUUUGGGACCCAAACAUUUUCUCUACCAUCUGCUAUAUUGGCCACAAAUACAAUGGUGGGGGAAAUAGCUUCAGCUUCUGCAUGUGAUCAUGCCAACCCACAGCUCUCAAAUCCGAGUCCAUUCCAGACCCUUGGACUGGAUUUGGUGUUGGAAUACGUGGCUAGAUACCAAACAAAACAGCGUUCAAUGUUUACAUUUGUUUGUGGACAGUUGUUCAGGAGGAAUGAAUUUUCAUCGCAUUUUAAGAAUGUGCAUGGUGACAUUCACGCUGGCCUUAAUGGCUGGAUGGAGCAGAGAUGUCCUUUGGCAUAUUAUGGGUGUACGUACUCUCAACGAAGGUUUUGCCCUUCAACGCAAGGGGCAAAAAUUAUUCAUGACCGCCACUUACGGUCUUUUGGAGUCCAGCCUUGUAUAUCCACAGUAUUAGUAGAACCAGCAAAGAGCUGCUUAAUUGGACUACACAAUGACCAUCUGAGUAGUCUGCCUUUUGAGGUUCUGCAGCACAUUGCUAGUUUUCUAGAUGGCUUUAGUUUAUGUCAGCUUUCAAGAGUGUCACGUUUAAUGAGAGAUGUGUGUGGAAGCUUGCUUCAAGCACGUGGAAUGGUGAUACUGCUUUGGGAGAAGAGAAAACACUCAGAUGGAAGUUCUUCUUGGCAGAUAAAAGAAAAGGUUUGGCGCUUCAGUACAGCCUUCUGUACUGUGAACGAGUGGAAGUUUGCUGACAUCGUAAGCAUGGCUGACCACUUGAAGAAAUGUAACUAUAAUGCUGUAGAGAGAAGAGAGGAGGCUGUUCCGCUGCCAUGUAUGUGUGUAACACGAGAACUCACUAAAGAAGGACGUUCACUGCGCUCUGUUUUGAAACCAGUACUUUAAAUACUGCAGCCACUCCAAUUGCACAUACACUCAAGCACCUGAUAUAACCUCGGUAAUAUUACGUGACACUUUAUUAAUGUACUAAAGAUACUUUCUAGCUAAAUCUACUCUGUCACUGUGUAUAUAAGGUUUGAAGUGACAUUUAUUUUUUAUAAUACUGUUUAGCUGGAAAGUAAUGAAAGUUGCCUUAACGUUUGAAAAAUUGGGAACUUGCUGGACAGGGUAGUUUUAUCUAACUUAUAUAAUUUAAGAACAAAAUCCUAAGGUGUGUUUUCUGAUUCACUGGUGCCCAUGUUGCUGUUGACUGAUAACAUUUCAAAAAUGGCCUCUGAAUGGUAUGUGCAUUUAUAUAGGAAACACUGAAUUGUAGUGAGGUAUUACUUUCUAUAUUUGGUCUAUUUUUUUUUUUUUAACAAAUUAUAGUCCAAAUAUUUGAAAGAUAAGGAAGAAUUCAAAACUUUCUAGUAAAUGUCUUGAACACAGCUUUUAAGAGCUUUAGCGCUCUUCCUAGUUAACAGAUAAUCUAGGAACGGCCUUUUGAAAAAACAUUUCUUUUAGGAAUGAUCUAAGGAAAUUCAGAUUUACAGCAGCUUAAUUUUUAGUACAACUUUCUUUUGACAUGUCAGCAAUGAUUAUUUUUCUUCUGAACAGUUAUUUCAGUUUUUGGGAGCAAAACUUUUAGAGCUAAAAACAUGGAAUACUAGUUUUCACUCUCGCACCUACAGUGACAUCGACAUAAAAUGUUUAAAAUGGCUUUUUCCUUAUCCUGCAAUUGGCUGAGGGUUAAAUUGCUUGAGCAGUCAGAAAUGUCAAGUAGGUGAUGAACAGUUAUGAAUUUAUAAUGCAGCUAAUGAAAGGGCUUUACUUGUUCUAUGGUAUUGUGAGAUGCAUUGUCUCCUGUUCUGUUAAUUUGUCUCUAAAAAUGCUGCUUUUUUGAGGAGCAUUUUAAAUUACUGAUAUGUAUAGAAAAUGUAUCAUCUUCAUAAGAUGAGACAUGAUUUGUUUGUUGCAUAAGGCAUAUCAGAAAUGUUUGUUCAACCACAUCUGUCAAACAACUACAAUUUGUUUCCAGUCUUCCAUAAUAAAAAGAUCUUACAAAGCAUUUGUGAACAGAGAAUACACACUAUGAAAAAUGGCCUGGUAUGGCAAAGCUGUAGUCACUUGAACUUGUUUAUAUUAAUGUUGGUGUCUCUAGCCUGUUGCACAUAGCAACUGUGCCACAAAGCUAAAACAGAAACAGACCAGGGCUUGGAACAAAGAAAUACAGUACGUAUUUCCAUUAUAGGAAAAAGUAAGAGAUUAGUAAGGAGGAGGUGUUUACAAAAAUGGCUAAAUUUAUUACUCAUAAUUUCUGUACUGAACGCUUGUUUAUGGCUAGUCUGGCUGCAGUUCACAACUUUGGUAUCUGUGCAUUUCCCAUCCUGGGUCCAGUCCAGCUAAACAUUCACUGCCUUUUUCUAUACAGAGUGCUACAGGUGCCCAGAAAAAAAAUUAGUCUAGUUCUUCAGUGCCAUGAGUUGAAAUUACAAGAGCUCUAACAGAAAUUCGGCCUGGAUCUUCAAACUAGGUGUUUUCUUUCCACACUUUCUGGUUUUUUGUUUUGGAGAGAAGAAAGGAGUAAACCCUCUACACAAGUUAGCAAUAUUUGCAGUAAUUCUUAGCUGUUACCACAGUUCUUUGGGAAGGAGAAUCUAGAUUUGUAUACAAAUCUGACUAUACCAUCUGGGUUUUAGUUAGGGAUUGUAAACUCCCCUUGUCCUGUUCUCUGAGUGCAUUACAAUGCUCAUUACUCACAAAUUCUUCAGUACAAGGCAGGAGACAGACUUUCUCCAGUUCUUGCCUUUUAGCUCUAAUGGCUCCUUGCUGCUGCUCUCCAGUGUUUAAAAGUAGUUGUGUGACUGGAAGGAUCCUGAAUGUUGAGGCGUUUAUGCUUGCGUUUAUGGCUACUUUAAAACAUCUGUUUUGGGUUACUGGUAUUUUUCAGUCAGCAAUGUGGUGGUUUACUUGGCAUUCUUUGUGACUAUCCAGAACCCUGAUAAGUAUGGUAGACAGAUAUGUGUCUUACUCGUUUAGGAAAAGAGGGUGUUGGUAGAAUCUCGCUUGUAGCACAGUGCACAUCUAAAUCUAAAGUAUCAUCAGUCAUCGAUCUAUUAAAAUGAACUUUUUAAGUACUUGGUGUUCUUAAGAAAUAACACUAUUUCUCCAUACAUGCACUUUUGUUUUUAAAUGUAGAUACAGGCUUUUUUUGUUAAAUCAGUUUAUUUUUAAUGAGAAUCCAGAGCUAUUAAAAUAUCAAUGUUGUAAAUGAAAUCUCUGCCUUGUAAACUGCUCCAAAUGCAGGAAUACAAUAUAGUUAGGAUAAAAACUGGGUUUUUUUUUACACUGCUAUGCAGUUUGUAAAACAUUAUGGUGUAUAGUCAGUUUAUCAAAAUGUGGCUUGUUCACAUUUGCCCUUGAAUUUUAAAAAUGUCGUAUACCUUUCCUGGUACAUCUUCUUACAGCAUAUAUAGACAGCUGUUCCCGUCUUUCUUUUACUUGAUACCACAUUGCUACUUUGUUUAAAAUAUUAUGUUUUCAAUCAUGCAAUAUUUUUUGCAAUGUCUAUUGAAAUCCUAAUAAAACUUUUGGAGUUUCUCUUGUAGUAUGACUGUACUUUUUUUUAAAGCUUAUCUCCAGCCUUCUGGUGCUCAAAUGUGGUCUGCCUCUAGGAUUCCACUAAGUAUGCAAAAAGUCGAGUUACAUAAAGGUAUCUAUUUACAAACAUUUAAAUGUCGCAUAAUUUGUGAGUGAUAAGUAUUCACAUUCACUUCAGUAUGAAGAUUGGUCAUUCCCUUUUAGAUUAUACACCCAUUUCUGUUGCUUUGGUCUAUUAGGCAGC